AUGCCAGCAACUGCUCCACGCGCCAAGGACGCGACAUUUCACGUCGUCAAGCUAGGACCCCAGACCAAGUUGACUGGCAAUCCUUCCAACGCGUCGCGUGUGGGGUCUCCGCAUCAAGCCGGCGUCAUAGCUCGACGCCUCCAACUACUUCGUCAUGAAACCUCCUACUUGCCUGCUGUUCGCGAUUCAGUACUUUUGCAAUACGCCAUGUCUCGAGAGGUGCAUGUAAAAAAAGGAUCCGAGAUCCAGGCUCCGGAUGGUCCGCAGACCGAUGGCAUGAUUCGCAUGCCUGCAAUCGUAAACAUGUCAGAUCAGUUAUGUGGCACUGUCAUGAUUGCGAAACCUCAUACAGCCUCUGCAGUCCAUCAUCACGGCGAAGAAGACACCAUUGUGUACGCAGCAAAGGGCCAUGGCGCCAUCGUGAGCGGAUCAAAUGGUAACAAGAGACAAGAGCUAGCACCGGGAGAUUUUGCACUUAUACCCGCGUAUGCAGAGCAUCAAGAGAUCAAUGAGAGCGACGAGGAUGUCGUUUGGAUCAUCACAAGGGGUGGCAGGAACCCUAUCGUUCAGAAUCUCGCGGGUUGGUCAAAGGACUAA